AUGAAGCUCGUCAAUUUUCACGAUUUCCUCGGACGAGUGGGGCGCAAGUUGGAGAUAUAUGGAGGUCAGCGUCCGACCCCAGUAAACCUAAAAAACCUGGUUCAUUUCGGCAAGUUUCGUCUAUUCGAUUUCAUCUCACCUGUCCUGAUUCUAGGAAAGACAGAGCCGGCAUCGAAAUCCUUCGAUUUUUUGAGGACUGAAUUACCCAUUCGGAUGGCACACAUGAUCAAAGAAUGCAAGUUCCUUCCGGAGAGUUUGUUGCAAACACCAUCUGUCCUUAAGGUUGCUGCGAUAUACGAGGAAACUCUUGACAAAGUACUAAAAUAUGCUAAAUGUGAUAGUAAGCGCUCGUCGGUGGUAUCAGAGUUCACGGAUGAUCUCCAGUUGAUUAUCGAACAAAAUGUGAAUGCAGUUGCCCAGUUGGCUGCGGGAUUAAAUGAAAUGAAAAAAGCAGGCGAAUGCUCACUGGAAGAAGCGACGCAGCUACAAUACUUUCUUGACCGUUUCUAUAUCAGCCGCAUCGGAAUUCGGACACUAAUGACACAACACGUGCUACUGUAUGGUCCGGUUUUGCGGGAGAAUGAGUCGUACGUGGGCUGCAUCGACCCAGAGUGCAGUCCACUCCAACUGACCGUCAGUGCCUAUGGUUACGCCCGAAUGUUGUGUCACCGUGUCUAUGGUCGUGCACCUGGAUGUGUGAUCGAACUUUUUGACCGAGUACCGCGAAGCAAGAAACGAGAGCCCCUCUCAUCACUCGGUAUAUCCGUGGAUAAAGAUGGAAAACCAUCUGGGGCGGCAGAACUGUUUACAGAUCAACCUAACUGUGCGGAACUAGAUAUUCGGGGCCCAAAUUUCCGGUUCUGCUAUAUUCCCGGUCACCUGUUUCAUGUGUUGUUCGAGUUGUUGAAGAACUCGAUGCGAGCUGUGGUAGAACAUCGUCAUCAGGAUUCCGAGCUGCCUCGAUUGCAUAUUGUGAUUUGCCAUGGCCGGGAAGAUGUCACAAUAAAAUUAUCGGACCUGGGUGGUGGGAUGCCCGAUAAUGUUGCCAAGCGAGCCUUCGAGUAUACGUUCACCACUGCCUCUCAUUUGUCGCCUAUUCUCGGCGCUACUGACCAUAACCAGCCUCAUGGCUCACGCGGGCCGGACAAUGACCCGGAAUCCGCUACUUUCUCUCCAUUGGCUGGACGGGGUCAUGGUCUUCCACUUAGUCGUCUGUACGCACGUUACCUCAGUGGGGAUUUGAAGCUCGUGUCAAUCGAAAACUUCGGAAGUUCGGCUUUUAUCUAUUUGAGGCGUUUGCCGGAGGAAGCAAAUGAACUCUUGCCUAUAUUCAACAGAACGUCUAAAGCUGUCUACGAGUCCCCAUACACUCUUCAAGAUUGGACUUCUUGCACAAUUCGUCGAAAUCAUGCACCUCAUUUUUCUUCGUGACCCAUAUCUACUUGUUUCCAUUUGUCCAAAGUUCGCGUCUCUUUAUCUUCCUGCUUCAGUCCGUUUUUGUACUGCGUCCACUUUUCAACGUGGACUGAACACAUGCUGCUCCUGUAAAUAUUGAAUUUCGGCAUACGUUUGACCUAUAUUCUCUUUUCCUCUAAUUCUCAUUCUUGAUUAUGAUGUCUCCACUUUACCUGUACAUACAGUGCGCUCAUACGGCCAUCGAUUUAUGACAACAUCGCACUCGUGUUCCUCAUUCGCUACACCGGGUGAAAGCAUCGUCAUCUCUUUCACUGCAUUACAUGCAUGAUACCUGGUCAAUACAUGAAUACUGGUAGGAGAUUGUGUUAUAUCUAUUAUUCAAAAGAUCUCCGCAUUUGAAAACUUCUGUAGAAGCACAGCUCCUUUCAUCAUUGUGAUAAAAACACGCUUCACCGUCGCCGUUUUCGUGCACACAUCCUCCUCUGAUAAGCACUAAUAUCAUUUCAUUGGCUGUUCGACCGCUUUUUGUUGUUCCUUUCCGUUAUUGUGAUACGUUUGGAAACUCUGUUUUCAUGGUGAUUAUCAGUCUUGGUUUACACUCCUCGAGAGAAGCAUUUCUGUUUCGCACACCUAUCUUUUUGGCUUUUGAGUGAACAACUCAACCCUCCAGUUGCACUUUUUAUGAAUGCUUACUAGUUGUUCCUCGUUCGUAGUGGUAGUCGUUUGUGGUUCACUUCUGUGCGCC